AUGGGAUUCUGGGAAAAUAACAAACUCGGAUACAACAUCGUGCGAAUUCUUCUCAGCAUUACGGGCAUAAAUGGGAAUCUACUGGUCAUCUUGGUUAUACGGAAGAUCCGACCCAUGCGUCCCGUCACAAAAUAUUACAUCACGAGUUUAGCCGUUGCCGAUCUUCUCGCCUCCGUAUUCUUUCUUCCUUACCCUUAUGGAGAAGUGCCUUCAGGAAUAGGCGGGGAAAUCUUGUGCCGCCUGUGGUACUCCGAUGCUAUAUUAUACUACUUUUUCGCGGCGUCCACGUACAAUCUUGUCUUGGUGACCCUAGAACGGUACUGGGCUAUAAUCUAUCCAGUUAAACAUCUUACAAUGUUUACUGAACAAAAGGCUAAACUAUCGCUAACGUUGCUAUGGAUACUGACUCUUAUAUUAGAAUUUUUUACUGUAUUCCUGAAUGACUACCAAGAUGGCGUAUGUAUUCUAGAGUGGCCCACUGGAGCUGCCCUAAUACUUUUGGGUAUUUGGAUAUUUUUGUCGGAAUAUGCCUUGCCGCUCGUGAUUAUGUUCGUCGCCUACUACCGAAUACUCCGGUACCUACGAGAAAGGAACAGGUCGAUGCAGAACGGAAGUCAGAACGGCAUUGCUUCGGCUUUUGUGAGAGCGAAGGUCCACGUAGUCAAAAUGCUGUACGUGGUUACCGUGCUGUUCGGGUUGCUAUGGGCCCCAAAUCAUAUAACACAUUUACUGUUUACAUUUGGAGUACAAAAUCCGUACGAGGAAGCCAGAGAAGUAGUAAUACUCAUUGGCUUUUGUAAUAGCUGUGUUAAUCCCUUUGUCUACGGUUUUAGCAAUCCCCUGUUUAGAAAGACGCUGAAGCGGAUGGUCAGCUGCGUUUCAUUAAAAUCGCCAUCCGUUGAGCCUGGGAGGACGCAGAAUGGUCAGCAAAAUCAACAGCAUCCACGAGUUAGUCGUAUUUCUGAGAAUGCGCAAGAAAUGUCAAUGCUUUGA